CAUAGGACCAAACACAGGUACAGAAUUUGCCUUGUGGUCCAGAGUCCAAACCAUGUCGAACCCCGGUACUGAUCUUGCUUCUCUCUUGUUCCUCGAGCCGCUCGAACUGAUUUUCGUCUCGUAGAAUUUUCCUUUUUCUUGCAGAUCAGUCAUGGAAGGAGCCAGCGGUGCAGGCGGUGAAGGAACUGUGAGGAGGAGGGUGUGCUGUUGCUCAAAGGACGACUUCCUUCCUGAAGAGUCCUUCAGGAGCUGGAUAAAUUACUGGGGUGCCCUCAAGGACACGCCGGCCAGGCUUCGGGACAGGGUCCUGACCCGGUCCCUCGAGACGAGGGAGCUCAGCGAGGUCAAGGCCCGGAGCCAGCACGACAUGAAGCGGACACUGACGUGGUGGGAUCUGAUCUGGUUCGGGAUCGGGGUGGUCAUCGGGGCUGGCAUCUUCGUGCUCACCGGCCUCCAGACGAAGGAACACGCCGGCCCCGCCGUCGUGCUCUCCUUCGUGGUCUCCGGCAUAUCGGCAAUGCUCUCCGUCUUCUGCUACACCGAGUUCGCAGUAGAAAUACCAGUGGCUGGUGGAUCAUUUGCCUACUUAAGAGUGGAGCUUGGGGACUUCACGGCGUUCAUCGCGGCGGGCAACAUCAUCCUCGAGUACAUGAUCGGUGGUGCAGCCGUCGCGCGCUCCUGGACGUCCUAUUUUGCCACCCUCCUCAACCGCAAACCCGAGGACUUCCUCAUCCAGGCCCAUGGCCUGGCCAACGGCUACGACCGACUCGACCCCAUCGCUGUGUGCAUCUGCGGCGUCGUCUGCGUCUUUGCAGUGCUCAGCACCAAGGGAUCGUCCCGCCUGAACUACAUCUCCUCGAUCGUGCACCUCCUGGCGAUUGUCUUCAUCAUUGUGGCAGGCCUCACGAAGGUCGACGCGGCCAAUUACACCCCAUUCACGCCCUUCAAGGCCCACGGCAUCUUCAAGGCCUCAGCCGUGCUGUUUUUCGCGUAUGUCGGGUUCGAUGCUGUGUCUACAUUGGCGGAGGAGACCAAGAACCCCGCACGGGACAUACCAAUCGGCCUGGUUGGGUCCAUGGUUGUGACUACCAUUGCCUAUUGCUCGAUGGUCAUCACCCUGUGCCUGAUGCAGCCAUACUACCAGAUCGAUACAUAUGCCCCGUUCUCUGUCGCGUUCCAGGCGGUCGGGAUGGACUGGGCCAAGUACAUUGUUGCCUUUGGGGCGCUCGAGGGCAUGACUACGGCGCUGCUCACCGGGGCGGUGGGGCUGGCCCGGUAUGUCACGCACAUCGCCAGGACGCACAUGAUGCCCCCCUGGUUUGCCAAGGUCAACGAGAAGACCGGGACACCCGUGAACGCCACCAUCGUGAUGCUCUCAGCAACCGCGGUCAUUGCCUUCUUCACGAAGCUCAACAUCUUGGCCGACCUCCUCUCCAUCUCCACAUUGUUCAUCUUCACGCUCGUGGCGAUCGCCCUCCUAGUGCGCCGGUACUACGUCAGCGGGGUCACCAAGCCUGCCAAUCGCAACAAGCUCAUCAUCUGCAUCUCGCUCAUAGUCGGAUCUUCGACUGCGACAGCCACUUAUUGGGGCCUCAGCGAGAAUGGCUGGGUCGGGUACGUGAUCACGAUGCCAAUCUGGUUCCUAGCGACUGUGGGAUUGAGGGUGCUUGUCCCGCAGGCCCGGGAUCCAAAACUAUGGGGCGUGCCGCUGGUACCUUGGCUGCCGUCGGCCUCGAUUGCCAUCAACAUAUUCCUGCUCGGGUCAAUAGACCGGGCGUCAUUCGAGCGGUUUGGGAUAUGGACUGGGUUCUUGCUGUUAUACUACUUCUUCUUUGGGCUACAUGCUUCAUAUGACAUAGCCAAGGAGAGUGGAGAGACCAAGGGCAAGGAUGGCUUGGAGUGGAAGAAGAUUGAGGAAGGGGAUGUGAGCUCCACAACACGUACAGCCCCUGGGGGUGUAAAUAACGACAGUGAAACUUCAGCGAUUCCUAGUAUAUGACAAGACAAAAGUGCCUGGUAAAAUGCUGUCAUUGCUGACAGCAAUGUGUCCAUGCUACUUGUGACACGUGACCCAAGAAGUGAGCGUUCAUAAGCAGACCUUGUUUUUAAAGACUUCCAUACUCUCUUGAGGCUAGUUGUUCUCCGAUUGACAAUCAUGAUCGUAGCAAAUUUAAGCUUAAGCACAAGGUGAUCAACUAACAGCCGAUUUGGUUGGAGUAAAUGGAGUGA